AUGGCGCUGCUGAAUUAUAAAGUAUUUUGGUUAUUUUUAAUCAUUUUUAUCCAAACUACCCUAGGUCAACAAAAAUGUCCUCCUUCAUUUCAUGACGUUGGUAUAGGCAAUGUGAGACGUUGCUACAAGUUUAUCGAAGAGAAAAAGCCUUGGAUUGACGCUUUUUAUGCAUGCAGCCAAAAUUCUAGUGCUUUAGCAUCAUUCGAGAAUCAAGAUCAAUAUAAUUCGUUUAUCACCACAUUUAACUUUAUUGCACCUUUAGAGCCGUAUUGGCUUGGAUAUUAUCACGUCUAUAAUACCCCUGUCGAUGAAUAUAUACGUGUAGGAAACUUGCCUUAUAUAUACCAUAACUGGGCUAGUGGAUUUCCAACUGAUAUUCCCAAUGCACCAACCAUCUGUGCAGAAUUCUUCUCAAGUGGAGAGUGGCUAUGGUUCAGUGAAGACUGCCGGUUUAGUCGGUCAUUCUUUUGCAUGACAGAAUUAAACUUUUGUGCUGAAUAUCCAUGUAAAAAUUAUGGUACAUGCACGAAUUAUGCAAAUGGAUAUCAGUGUUCUUGUUCAUCAGAAACCACUGGAAUUAACUGUGAAACUCAGUUUGAAUAUGAUCCCUUUAAUUCCCGAAAUUAUGAGCCUAUAAUCAAGAGUUUUCUGCAUAUUUUAUGGACUUUAGAUUUCAACGAAUGCGCAUCCAAUCCAUGCGUAAAUGGUGCCAGUUGCAUCGAUCUAACCGAUAGAUACCAAUGCAAUUGUCCUCAAGGAUAUCAAGGGGAGCAGUGUCAAGAAGCGAUCAAUUAUUGUACAUCUAAUCCAUGCCAACACAUUUAUGCUACGUGUGUUAACUCACCAACUGGGUAUACUUGUAACUGUCCUCCUGAUUGGACUGGCGAGCAGUGCGAAAUAGAUGAAAAUCAAUGCCGUCUGCUUAAACCAUGCCAAAAUGGGGCCACUUGCAACCGUGUUGGCGUAACCGGCUAUACUUGCAUCUGUGCCGCAGGAUUUACAGGCCAGAAUUGUCAACAAGAUAUAAUUGACGAAUGUACCUCUAAUCCUUGCCUUUAUGGUGGGACUUGUAGCAGUUAUGGCAACCAAUAUAGUUGUACUUGUGCUAGCGGUUACACUGGAAUAAGUUGCCAAACCGACAUAGAUGAGUGUUAUUAUCAACCGUGCUACCAUGGAGGAACGUGCAUUGAUAUGGUAAACGGUUACCAAUGCGUUUGCGGUGGAGGAUAUUCAGGAACAGAUUGCGAAAUAGACGUUAACGAAUGUGCAUCUAGUCCUUGCCUCAAUUCGGCCAGCUGUGUCGAUCAGGUUAAUAGAUUUCAGUGCAAUUGUCUUCCUGGAUAUACAGGAACUAAGUGUGAAACCGAAAUAAGUGAAUGUCAAUCCAAUCCAUGCAUUAAUGGUGGCGUGUGCGUCGACCAGAUAAAUAGCUAUCAAUGUAUUUGCCCUCAAGGCUACACAGGCAAUUCUUGUGCGGAAGAUGUCGAUGAGUGUGCUUCGAAUCCUUGUGUUCAUCAAUAUGCAACAUGUGUAAAUGAAAUACAAAAUUAUAAGUGUAUAUGCCCUCCUGAUUGGACCGGGAAACAAUGUGAAAUAGAUGGUAAUUUAUGUCGAGCCGUCGAGCCCUGUCAAAAUGGAGCAACAUGUACAUAUAUUGGUAUUGGUUCGUACAAUUGUACAUGCAUAGCAGGAUAUAUUGGGGAUCAGUGUGAAAACGAUAUAGAUGAAUGUCUGUCUAAACCUUGCAAAAAUGGUGGUACUUGUAUAAACGAUGUAAAUAGCUACCGAUGUCAAUGUGUUACUGGCUAUGCUGGAUUAGAUUGUGAGAAAGAGAUAAAUGAGUGUUCUUCUUCUCCAUGCCUUAACGGAGCAACUUGUAAAGAAGAGAUAAAUGGAUAUGUCUGUCACUGCCUGUAUGGAUAUACUGGAGUGAAUUGCCAGACUGAUGUAGAUGAGUGCCGUUUUAGACCAUGUCUAAAUGGUGGUACAUGUACUGAUAUGAUCAAUGCCUAUCAGUGCACCUGCAAAUUAGGAUAUACAGGAAGCAUGUGCGAAUCAGAAAUCAACGAAUGCUUAUCACAACCAUGUCAGAAUGAUGGUAGCUGCGUAGAUAGCUUGAAUGCUUAUCAAUGCGAUUGUCUUGUAGGAUACAUAGGAGUUCAUUGUGAAACUGAUGUGGACGAAUGUCUAAGUAACCCAUGCAAAAAUAGUGGCAUUUGCUUAGAUAUGGCAAACGGCUACAGUUGCAUCUGUGGGGAAGGCUAUACAGGACACCAAUGCCAAUCAGAGAUAAAUGAAUGUAUUUCCAAUCCUUGCCUAAACAACGCAUCUUGCCAAGAUCAAGUUAACAAGUAUAAGUGCCUGUGCAGAUCUGGUUAUACAGGAACAGAAUGCCAAUCAGUGGAAAAUUUACUAAAAAAACUAGUACUACGUGUGGCUUUCGCUAAUGAGUAUACAUUGCAGCAUAAUAUAAAUGAAUGUGCGUCGCAACCUUGCCAAAAUAGCGGGAUUUGCAUCAAUGGAAUAAAUAAAUACGCUUGCAAUUGUUCAAAGGGCUUCGCCGGUGAUCAGUGUCAAUUAGACAUCAAUGAGUGCUCAUCUCAGCCAUGUCGAAAUGGGGGUACCUGCGUAAAUAAUAUCGAUAGGUACAGUUGCCAAUGUUCCGGUGGCUACCAAGGGAUAAAUUGCGAAUUCGAAAUAGACGAAUGUUUAUCAAAUCCUUGUUUAAACGAUGGAACUUGUAUUGAUUCUAAUAAUGGUUAUACAUGCAGCUGUAAAGCAGGUUUUUCAGGAGCAUUAUGUCAGUUAGAAAUCGACGAAUGUUUGUCAAAUCCGUGUUUAAACGAUGGAACUUGUAUUGAUUCGAAUAAUGCUUAUACGUGCAGUUGUAGAGCAGGUUUUUCAGGAGCAUUAUGUCAGUCUGAGAUAAAUGAAUGCAUUUCGGAACCAUGUCAGAACGAUGGUACUUGCAUUGAUGAUUUAAGUGGCUAUAUUUGUAGCUGUAGAAGUGGUUUCGUCGGUACCAGUUGUGAAAUUGAAGUUAAUGAAUGCGUACCGAACCCUUGCAAAAAUGGAGGUACCUGUGAGGAUUUGAUAGAUAGCUAUAGAUGUAUUUGUCUACCUGGCUUUGUAGGAUCAACAUGCCAACUAGAAGUUAACGAAUGCGCAUCGGAGCCAUGCCGAAAUGGCGGUACUUGUAUCGAUGACGUUAAUGGCUAUAUGUGCAGUUGUAAAAAUGGCUAUGCCGGCAUUCAGUGUGAUAUAGAUAUAAAUAAAUGUAUACCUAAUCCUUGCCGAAAUGGAGCUACCUGUUUGGAUCAAAUUGGUAAUUACUCCUGUAUUUGUCAGUCUGGUUUUUCAGGAUCUUUAUGUCAAACAGAUAUAAACGAAUGUUUAUCCGAUCCUUGCAAACACGGCGGAGUGUGCUUGGAUGAGGUCAAUGGUUACAGAUGCAAUUGCACAAAUGGUUAUGUUGGAGUACACUGCCAGACCGAUGUAGACGAGUGCUUAUCGAUUCCUUGCAAAAAUGGUGCAACUUGCAUCGACUUAAUAGAUAACUUUAAUUGCUUGUGCAAAGAUGGUUAUACUGGAACAAUCUGUCAAACGGAAAUUGACGAGUGCCUAUCUACUCCAUGUCAAAAUAGUGGGCAUUGCAUGGAUGAUAUUGCCGGUUACCGAUGUAACUGUUCGUCAGCUUUUACUGGUAUUCGCUGCGAGUCAGAAAUCAAUAAGUGUGGCUCGAAACCUUGUCUGAACGAUGGCGUUUGCAUUAACAAUGCCCGUGGUUACGCCUGCAUUUGUAAAUCAGGUUUUACAGGAACAACAUGUCAGUCAGAGCAAAAUUCAUGUCAUUCUAAUCCUUGUCGCCAUGGAGGUACAUGUCAUCCAUCGCUGAAUGGGCAUACUUGCACAUGUAAUUUCUUAUUUACCGGUAAUAACUGUGAACAAGAAAUUACCCUUAUUUCAUCAAUGUCUGCUAUUGAAUAUGAUUUCUUACCGGGAACUAUCCUGAUUAUAUGGCAAGUUUACGCUUAUGAAUUAUUGGCAAUCCAUUUUAAUUUUAGCCUUUACUAUAAGGAAAUUAAAGCAACAAAUGAUCCUCUAAAGAAAUCUCUUAAGGCUUUGGAAACUUCAAAGCAGGGAAUAAUUUAUACACAUCUACCAAUAAGGCAAGCAGGAACAUAUAUUUUUAGCGUUACCGCUCGUAAAAAGGACACUGUCCUUGCCAAUCAAUCGAUUGCUUAUGACGUUGCAGGCUCAGGACUAUUAAAUUUAAAAUCCAGCGCUGCAAAAUUAGAAGGCAAAGUAUCUCCUGUUGGAUUAACGACUGAUUUAAUCGGGCUAAUUAUUCAUGGUAGUAUUGCACUAAUCUUGGCGAUUGCCGCCAUUACGGUAGUAGUGUCUUUCGUCAACAGUACACAUAACAGGCCGCAUAGGCGUUGA